CAGGAAGUUGUUUGAGUCGCCUGGAUAAAAGCCCAUGGCAGCUGGGCGUGCAGCAAAAGCGAGACAGAGCCCGCUGCAUCAGCCACCAGCCCGAGGAAUAACAUUAGUUCCAGCCUCACAAUGAGCUGUUUACUGGCCUUGGCUGCCUGUGGGAACGGCCAAGAAGAGCGGAGGAAAAGGACAGACAAACACAAUGCGAGCGGGACGCGCUAGAUGGGAGGCUGGGCUUUAAACUCGCCCUCAGGAUUUCAACCCUAUGGAACUGGAGAGGGCUGAAAAAGAAAUAAAAGGGCACUGGCUGCUCUGCAGCACAAACGGGCCGAGACAAAUCAGCCAUCUGCUGCACUGCUGCUGCCUGGAGACCCCCGGUCCUGGCUGGAGGGCUGAUACUGAAGAGCCUACAGGUUUUCCAUCCAGAACCUGGGGCUCUGAGAGCAGUCUGCUGGGGAACCACAGUCCGGGGGGCUCUGGGCAACCUCUUUGAGAAGUUUUCCCCGACAAAAAGCAAGCAGCAAACCAACAACAAAUCUUCCUAAACCCUUCACAAUGAUUUUUUCCUCUCCGGCUGGCGCUGCCUUGCAGCUUCCCGCUGCUUUCUCCACUCCCACCCCCUCCUCACUGGAAGCAGCAAGGAGAGACCCCCGAGAGCUCCCGCUGCCCGCAGACCCCGCGCAGACAUCGGGCCCGUUCUUCCCAAGACGCGAUGGCCGCAGCCUCGAGCAGUUCUGUUUCCUCUCCGAACAAAGGGAGGCCGAGAGCUGCCGGGGGCUUCGGAUUUUAAUGGUGAACAGCGAAGUUUUAGCAGCGAGAGCGCGCAGCCCUCCCGCGUGGGAAUAGCUGGGCGCUGGCUGCAACACACAGAAAGGAUCCAUGGGGAACUGCAGCAAGGAACGGGUCCGAACCCGGAUGAAAGGAUGCACAACGAGGACGUGGUAACAAGGGUUCAAGCGACCUUCCUGGAAGACGUUUAUCAGGAAGAAAAGAGAUGACUGCCUUAUUUUAUGGAUGGCACUGAAGUAGACUUUGACCUUCUUCAGAAGCACGCCACAGACUUGGCAUGGGAAACCACAGCAACAACCAUACCUGUUUGACAGAUGAUUCCUUUAAGUACAACUUGUAUGGAGCCGUGUACAGCGUGGUCUUCAUCCUCGGUUUGAUCACUAACUGUGCUUCCCUCUUUGUUUUCUGCUGCCGGAUGAAGAUGCGGAGUGAAACAGCCAUCUUCAUGACAAACCUGGCGGUUUCAGAUCUGCUAUUUGUGUUCACUUUGCCUUUUAAAAUUUUUUACAACUUUAACAGACAUUGGCCUUUCGGAGAUAGCCUUUGCAAGAUUUCUGGGACGGCAUUUCUCACCAAUAUCUAUGGGAGCAUGCUGUUCCUCACUUGCAUCAGUGUAGACCGUUUCCUUGCAAUAGUCUACCCGUUCCGGUCUCGUACCAUUAGGACCAGAAGAAAUUCAGCCAUAGUCUGUGCUGGCGUUUGGAUACUGGUCCUCAGCGGUGGAAUCUCAGCCUCGUUGUUCUCCACAACCAACGUUUCCAACACCAGCACCACCUGCUUUGAAGGCUUUUCCAAACGUAUCUGGAAAACCUAUUUGUCUAAGAUCACUAUAUUUAUUGAGGUGGUGGGGUUCAUCAUUCCUUUGCUACUCAACCUCACCUGUUCCUCCUUAGUUCUCAGGACUCUUCGCAAACCUGCCACGUUGUCUCAGAUCGGGACAAACAAAGAAAAAGUAUUGAAGAUGAUCAUUGUGCACGUGGCCAUUUUUGUUGUGUGCUUCGUGCCUUAUAACUCCAUACUCUUCUUGUACGCUCUCGUGCGGUCCCAGGCGAUAGCAAACUGUUCCUUGGAGAGGUUUGCACGGACAAUGUACCCAAUCACAUUGUGCAUUGCAACCAUGAACUGCUGCUUUGACCCAUUCAUCUAUUACUUCACAUCAGAAUCCUUCCAGAAAUCUUUCAACAUAAAGACACAGAUAAAAAUGGACUCCCUUUUCAAGACUGAGACCCCUCUAACAAAGACCGCUCUACCAGCACAGCAGGAUGAAAUAAGUGACCAGGCCAUUACAAACGGGGGAGAUCCAACAUCUGAAUCACAUUUCUAGUGCCAUGUUGACACGUGCCUUAUCCCCCAUUACCUUUUUGAUUAACACCAGGUGUGAAACAGUUCUUUGAGAGCACGUGGGUUCUCACACACUGCUAAUGAAUAAAAGUCACUGGGGAAUAACUGCACAGGUAGGUAAGUUCCUAUGGUGGGAUGGUCCCACCAGAUGGGAUGUAAAAAUUCCGAUGGCACUCUUUGGAAAGACACCAUACACGCCAGCAAAGGAGGGAACAGAACAGAUUCCUUAAUCAGGAUAUGCAGAAAGUGCCAACAUUUGGCAUUUCUUCUCCCCAGUGGUUGAAGUGGGACCAGUUGGGAAGUAUAAAGUUUGAUUUUUCUUAGAGAUAUCUGCCAGUAUUUCAUGCCUUCUGGAAACGCAUCAUCGUAUGUUAACUCAGUAACUUCACACAAUAUGUAUGUUUGUUUAAAAAGGUAUAAUAAAAGCUUUGGGCUUUUCCUUAUUUCACUGCAAGAGUAUAUAUGUCCCCGCUUUACUAGAUACAGGCACAUUAAGUUUACUGUAUGGAGAGGUUUGGAGCUUACUGUAUGGAAAUGUUCAGAGCAUACAUAAUACUUUUGAAAGUAGGUAGAUGGGUUGCUUAAUGAUAUUAAAAAAAAAAAAAAAAAAAAAAAAAGCCUAAAAAGUAAUUAAUGAUUAAUGAUGCAGUUUCAAAGUAAGUUUCAUUUUGUAAGACUAAACUGUCUCUUAAUUUAUUUUUAACUCUCCCUGGAGAUGUCACUUAGGAGCACAUUACUGCUCUGUUGCACCUGGGCUUUUGUGUUCCAGGAGAUUAUGGGACUAUUUCUGGUAAGCCAGCUGAAGGAAAGGGCCUGGAACCCCACAGGCCUCACCAGCCCAAGCCUCUCUAAAGGAACAGUGUGAGGCUGAAGAACCCGGGAGUGCUGCCCUUACAAAAGAGCAUUUGGAUACAGACAGUUGGUGUCAGAGCACCCAAUUCACAGAAGACAUCCAAUUAACAGAAGGGCUUGUUGGUGAUUGCCUGCUGGAUUUUUGCUACACACUCAACUAAUUAAACUAAAUGGUCUCAAAGUAACUCCAGAAGAAGUUAAAUGAGUUAGCUGCACUCUGUUCCUCACUACCACAAUGCUUCCUUGUUUUGCAAUUAAUUUAUUACAUAUCCUGCAUUUCCUUUUAUAGAUAUAGAUUAUAUAAAUAUAUGUGGAAAAUUAACUA